AUGUCCACCUCACUCCACUACUUGUACUCGAAUGAGCGGCCAGAUACGCGGGCCGGGACUGUCUUGUUCGAAACCAGCCGGCUUAUUAUUCGGCGCUUCCAAAUGGCCGAUGCCGCAAGCCUCGCCGCCGCAAUGAACCACAAAGAGGUAGUCGCCCAGUUGAGCGACCGCUUUCAGUAUCCAUACACGGUCUCCGAUGCCGAGGCCGCCAUCUCACAGUCCUUUCCGUCCGAGCAGGACGACGAGUGCACCGCGGCCUACCCUAGAUCCGUCGCGGUGUGUAUCAAGCCAGGCACGGUCGACAACGCGUCCUCCGAGCCACGACUGAUCGGGAGCAUGGUCGCGCAUGCGGGGAAGGACAUGGCGUACCGGACAUGGUCGCUGGGGUACGCACUGACGCCGGAUGUUUGGGGUCGAGGUUAUGCCGCCGAAGCUGUGACGGCCUUCCGAGACUGGCUGUUUGCUACGUGGCCGCGGCUGGCGAGGCUGGAGGCGAGCGUCUUUUCCACGAACCCCGCGAGCGCGAGGGUGCUUCUGAAGGCUGGAUUUGAUGAGGAAGGGAUCCGGAGGGAUAGUUUGGAGAAGAAUGGUGUUUUGCUUGAUGCUCGCCAGUUUGCCGUGCUGAGAUGCGGGCGCCGAGUAUAA